AGCAUGUUAUGUUAAGCAGUUCAAAAUAAAAUAAAUCUGUUUUAUAUGUCCAACUUAAUUCUAUAUACUUAAUAUUAUUGUCGUGCAAUUCAAAUGAAAACCCUUCAGGCAAUGUUGGGGCGUGUGGGGCUCCUUGGACUUUCUUUAGAGCCCCCAAAAUGGUAAACACGUCACUGUUUACAGGACUCUCCAACAAAUAACAGCUACACGUAAAGAUAAGAAUAGUUGUCAGAUUAUGUCAAAUUCAAGCAUGUUAUAAAAUGAUUUCCUUCUUCUUAUGCUAUGAAAAGUGUCAAAAAGUGAAGGAGAGUCUUUCUUUAACAUCCGCUUGAGUACGAUAAUCAGAUCAUUUGAUGAUUUACCACAACUUCAGAUAUUGACACAACUUUACAAACCAGUUAAAGUCAGAGAUCUCCACAAGCACGAAUAAGAAAAGAGUUUUGGGUCUUAUGUGACUUUCUACAAAACUACAUCAUGAACUUUAGACUCUCAUCAUUGAUCCUGCUGUUACACAUUCAAGGGUCCCUAACAUUGAAUAACUUUAAUGUAACCUGUGAUGAACUGAAUAUUUGUGCUGUGAUAGGGGAGCAAGUAACAGUGCAGUGCUUUUACUCAAACAUCAACAUCAAAACUGUGUUCUGGUUCAGUCAGAAACAGAGAACAAACUGGAGAAACAAAGAUGAACCUGAAGAUUUGACUUUAGAUUCAGAUUACUCAGGACGAGCGUAUCUAGAGAUCACUAAAGAUUACUCAAAGCUCAUAAUAGAUGAUCUGAGAGAGAGAGACAGUGGAGAAUAUCAGCUCAUGUUCAUUAUGAAGGAUGGAGUUAAACAUCUCAGCUCAGUCACAGUCAAUCUAACAGUCUCAGUUUUGCAGGUGAAAAUGAAUCCUGAAUCUACAGAUGAAGUAAAACUGAGCUGUGUUUCCUCCUGCAAUUUAACAUCUGAAGAUUAUUACUACUGGUACACGAAUGGACAAUAUGGCCAAAAAGGACAUGACCAAAGCAUAUUUGUGCCAUCCAGUGGAAACACUGACAGUUAUUACUGCUCUGUGUCUGGUUCAGAGCGCUCUUCAACUGUGUGUCUUUCUAACAGUAGCUGUUGGGGUGUGACUUACACCUCUAGAAGAGUUUGUGCUUUAGUGGGAUCAACAGUAGAUAUUCACUCUUCAUACUCACAUCCCACUGGAUAUACAGUAGAGAAAACAUCCUGGCGUUUGCCAUUAACUCAUUUGGAUCUGCAUGAGGAACCUCGGUUUGCUGGUCGUGUUGAGUUUCUGGGAAACACACUGAGAAUGAAAAAUGUCAGCAUGAAUGACACUGGAUAUUAUCACCUCAACCUCAUCACUAACAUAUCAGAUGAAGUUUCUAGUUAUCCUGGAGCCUAUCUUACUGUUACAGGUACACAGAUGAGAAGCAGUCCAGACCCUGUGAUAGAUGGAGAAAAAGUGAUAUUAAGCUGUUCAACCAAAUGCACUCUGGAUAACAAACAUACUUACAUCUGGUAUAAGAAUGGACAACAGGUAACAGAUGGAUUGAGAUUAUUAAACAAGCUGUACCUGGACUCAAUCAACAGAGAGGAGCUACUAGAGUAUUCCUGUACUAUAAGAGGUGGUGAUAUAUAUGUCACACCCAGGGGCUGGCUAUGUUUGACUGAAGCCACGCCCCUUCUCAACUUCCACCUCGAGGAGGUCCCCAAAGCCAACCCAAUGACCAGACAAACACGAGAACAGGGAGACUGCAGCCACGGGCAGACAGGGGCAAGGGCAACAGGGGUGCAAACCACCGUAAGCCGGGGGGAAGGGGAAACGUCAGGCUCCGGCCUGGACCCUGCUAUCCGUGGCGCCCUCCUUCUUCCUUCCUGGAGGCAGAAUAAAAUCAGUGUGACCGGUGGUCGCUGGGACACAAAAGCACUGUUAACUUGGACUUUGAGUAUUUCUCACCGGCUCGGCUGUUUACAGCUCUCUGGGUGGCCGCUAGGACACAAAAGCACUGUUAACUUGGACUUUGAGUAUUUCUCACCGGCUCGGCUGUUUACAGCUCUCUGGGAUUUUCCUUUUACUCCAGCAUGUCCACCGCAGAUUGACAGCACAAUGCUCUCUUCGGGGUGCUCCUUUUCUCCACCCACGUAUCGCCUUUCUUUCGCCCCAGGCAGCUCCUGUCUUCUCUCCGCGCGCUCCAAGCGCAGCCCGGAUCAACAGAGCCUGCGAGCUCUUCAAAAGGUGCGUAGUUACUUUUUCUGCCUUAGGCAGAGGAGCUUUCCCCGCGUCGAUCCCCUCUCCCCCUUGAACUGUGAUUUAACUGCUCUUUAAAUACUCCUCCGUGUACUCCAGUUGUCCAAUCACCCGGCGAUCUCCUUAACUACACACCGCUGUGCUUAAUCGACUGAUUACAGCCCUUCGCGAAGCUGCCGGAUGUCCGGUGUUUCCUUUCUCCGGUCUGGGCGGAAACAUCCGGGCGGAACCAAACUUUCCCAACUUUUGGUUCCGCCCCAAAAAGAUCGUCACCUUGUGACAUAUAUUCGGUUUUCUUUUUAUAUAGUGAGUUAUUUAGCUGUUUUGCCUUAAUCUGAAAUGUCAUGCGAAGUACAGCUAUGUAUGCCACAGGAGAUUUCAAUAUGGAAUUAAUGGCAAAAAAAUCUCCCCUUAAAAUGCUAUUGGUCUCGCCUACAUAAAGUGUUAGUUAAAGGAAUAUGACUUGGCUUGAAAAAAAAUUCUGUCCAUUUAUUCCAUGAGCAUAGUGUCGGAUUCAGUAAAUAUGAUAAAAAAAUCUUGCCGACUGCAGCUUUAAGUUGAUCCAACUUUUUACUUGUUACAGUGUAAAUUAUAAAAUAGAUAGUUUCAAUCCUUGAUGCUGAUUGGUUUAUUCUCAGCUAUGACAUCAUCGCUGAGCUACUUUCAGUCUCACUGUGCAGCACUCAUAGCUGAUCAUUAAUAUUGAAGUGAGAUGCUACAAAAUUACAGAAAUGUUCAAGUACAAGAACACAUCUUGUUUAGUUAUUGCCUAAUUCAAUAGUUCACACUUACAAAUAAGUCAGAUAGAAUAAAUUAUAUGCGUAUUUGGCAUGCUGUCCGAGGAGAGGGCUCUGAGCUCGGUAUUUGGCCCGAGCCCGGAGCACUCCUCAACAAAGAGAGGGCUCCGGGGUCUGUAUUAGGCCCGAACCCAGAGACCAGCGCUGCCAGUGGCACUGAACGGCAUAGCGCAUCACUCAGAACUUUUGUGUUAUUUUGAAAAUAUGCACACAGCUGUCAUGAUGGUUAUUUGCUGAGUAGCGCUGUGAUAACGGCUGCAGUGAGACUGAAAUCUGAGAAUCACAGAAAAGUCAAAUUCUGAAUCUUCUGCCUUUUCUGAAUAUAACUGAGUUUGUGUCUUUUUUUCAGAAACAAUGGACAAAACAAAUGCUUAAAUACAUAAAACUGUAGGAUACUGAUUAAAACAAGGCUUGGCUUUCUGAAGGUUUCCUACUGUAAAUGUUUUAAUAAAGCUUUUUUGUACCUGCCUUUCUGAGAUAUUUAUCCACAUAUUAUAUUUGUAUUAAGACAUUCAUAAUCGUCAGAUAAAUGUUAUCUUUUGAAUAUAUUUCUCUGUUUUCUGUUUUGACUGCAGUAUGUGGUAACACUUUCUAUGAAGUCUGUGUUUAUAAUGCAUUAUUGCAGUUAUAUUCCCUUAUAAUAAACAGUAUUAUACUGUAUGUUGUAUUGUCUAAUAAAUAAUCAUUACAACAGUUACAAUA